AUGAUCCGGUGUAUACCUCGGAAAUACCAGCACAGCGCAGCCAACCCCCUGUUCCUGAAAUACGACCUUCUUCUCAGCAGCUCCACAGAGGCACUACUGUACUGCUGCUUUUACCGACACGAAUUGAAGGUACAAAGCAAGGCCGGCGCAUCGAAGAGAGACAUGGGCCCCUUCCGAAGCACCCCCGUCGCGGUGGCGGCAGCCCUCGCCCUGGCGGCCUCUUCGUCGCCGUCGUCCGGCAUCGUCACCCUCGUGGGGGGAUUCGUCGUACCGCCUUCCGCGUCGACCAUCGCGAGAUCAACGCCGGGGGCGGGGAUUGUCUCCGCCCAGUCCCAUGUCCGGCGCUCGCCCUCUUGGCGAACCAGCGGGGGCUCGUCGACCGCGCUUCAGAUGAACCUGGCUGAUCGUUUCCUGCGGGUUGCGAAGGCGAACCUGAACAACAUCCUGCAGACCUGGGAGGACCCUGAGAAGAUCCUGGAGCAAGCGGUGGAAGACAUGCAGAAGGACCUGGUCAAGAUCAGGCAGUCCUACGCCGAGGUGUCGGCAACUCAGAAGCGCAUGGACCGGCAGAAGCAGGAGGCAGACCGCCUGGCAGCGAACUGGUACGACCGCGCGCAGCUGGCGCUUCAGAACGGGGACGAGAACCUUGCGAGGGAGGCGCUCGCAAGGCGGCAGCAGCAGCUUGACACGUCCGGGAGCAUGGGGAUGCAGAUGGACGCGCAGGGGCAAGCGCUGGACAAGCUGAGGGACUCGAUGCAGCAGCUCGAGGCCAAGAUCACGGAGGCGAAGGGCCAGAAGGAGACCCUGAUCGCCCGUGCGCGGACGGCGAAGACGACGACUCAGGUGAACGACAUGCUGGGGAGUAUCACGGGCACGACGAGCAUGGACGCCUUCGACCGCAUGACGGAGAAGGUGGAGAACUUGGAGGCUAACGCCGAGAUCGCCGGGGAGUUGUCGGGGGCGACGAGCGUGUCUUUGGAGGGGCAGUUCAAGGCGCUGGAGGGGAACAACGCCAUCGACGACGAGCUGGCAAGGAUGAAGGGCGUGCUCCCGUCGAAGAAGGGACCUACCCCCCAGCUACCCUCCUCCUCCCCAGCGGUGGAGUCCGAAUUGGAUCAAAUGAAGAGGGAGAUGGGAGGCGGAGGCAGCCAAUGAGAUGCCAUGGAGGAGCAACCAACACCCCGGCCCUCUCGCGGAACCGAGUAUACGGGACAUUGGAGAAUCACGCCUAAGGAGAUAGCCACGGUGGUUUGGGUGGUCUGUUAAUAGCUGUUUUGUGGCCGGGUUUGGCCAAAAGACAGGGGGAUGAGCCCCGCCGAUGAGAAGAAUCGAGCUGCCCGUGUUUUGGUUGUGGUAGUGGUUUUCCUUCGACCUGCUCGCCUUGUGUUCCCGGGAGUUCCGGGUUUCCUGAGAUGGGUGAGAGGAGCGAAUUGAUGGGACGGUGACCCGUGUCGUGGGUUGCCAGUGGCACUGCUGCUGUCGCGGGUUUGAGGACCUUGGGGCACAUACGUUGAGGAUCUGGCGGUACACGCUGAUGGCAUGGAUGGUGUAAAGGUGGCGAACUAAUUUCCGUGCGUUGACGUCUCGGGUGUCGAGUGUUAAGCGCGUACCCGGGUUUCUCGAUAGUAGGCAGGACGUUUGGGCAUUUUUUGUGCUACGGCGAGGGGGGCGGGGGGCGGCUAGCUUGCUUCCACUCUUCGGGUGUGUAUGUAUGGGCGCGGCCCCCCACUGCUGUUGUUGUUGCCGCUGUCGGCGGGACGAGCUGUUGACAUGGUUUGGGACAGCGUGGUUUCGUUUCUUGGAUGCUGCCGUUGUUGCCCACCGUGUGAGACUCUUUUCGAAAACGAAAAGCAUUUUUGCACUCCGGGUUAUCUGUUACUUCAGUUGCUUGGGCUCACAGUCUGCUGUAAAAUCUAUUGGUAGGUACGUGGCCAGGAGGCGUUAUUUUCUCAAUUUUCUGGGAUUGUGGGUAUAGGAAGGGAGAACUGGUUCCAUGGUCUCUCUCUCUCUCUCUCUCUCUCUCUCUCUCUCUCUCUCUCUCUCUCUCUCUCUCUCUCUCUCUUUCUCACUCUCCUGUUGCUGUAACCGAUGUCUCUUGAUGCCGUUUCGAUCCCGCCUCCCCUGGGUUCAAUGUUUUCAGUUUUGUGUGUUGGAAGCACGUUAUAGAGGUUGUGCCAAUCUUGUGGUUCGUUUUGUGGCAUGGUACAACAGAAGAUACGAACGAAGUAAGUUUUGUC